UCAUGCGUGUGGGCGGCAGAAACACGACACCCGAGAGAAAGAGAGAAAGAAAGAAAGAGAGAGAGAGAGAGAGAGAGAGAAUGGGGGAGGACAGAUAGUGUGUGAGCGUGUGUGCGUGUAUAGAGGGAGGAGGAAGAAGAAAAAAGUCAGUGUGAAAGAGGGAGUGGGAAGCUGACUAAAUUACUGCGAGUCGGCGGCCACCUUGUUGGACACGAAACUAGCACGAGCUGUUAGAAAAUGUUUGAGAAAGCGGUCAAGUGCAGCACCGAAGCAGGAGCUUCACCGCGCCGGGGUUUGUGUCUCUCUGUGGGACGGGAUUGAUCUCUCCGUGGGACGAAGAACUCCAGCUUUGGCCCGACCGUUUACUUCUACUGAGCUACUCCACACUCUAAACUCUGUUAAAGUCCAGGCUUGGGUUCAAAACCAUCCAGAGUCAACUCAGCCGCGCUGCUACUGUGGUGAAACAUUAUACUCAAAGUUUAGUUACUUCGGGUGUUUUCGGCUUCUCUCGGCUGCUCUCCGACUUCUGCCGAACGAGACACGCUCAGAGGCGACAUGAAAACCCCGGGCGAAACGGGGAUUGCCUUUCCAGAUUGGGCGUACAAGCCCGAGUCAAGCCCAGGCUCCAGGCAGAUCCAGCUGUGGCACUUCAUUCUGGAACUGCUUCGAAAAGAAGAGUACCACGAUGUCAUCGCCUGGCAAGGCGACUACGGCGAGUUCGUCAUCAAGGACCCGGACGAGGUGGCCAGACUGUGGGGGGCACGCAAGUGCAAACCUCAGAUGAACUACGACAAACUCAGUCGAGCUCUCAGGUAUUACUACAACAAGAGGAUCCUGCACAAAACUAAAGGCAAACGCUUUACCUACAAGUUCAACUUCAACAAGCUGGUCCUUGUCAACUACCCGUUCAUAGACAUGGGCUCUGCAGGUGUGGGCGUCCCUCAGAGUGCUCCCCCGGUGCCCACGGGCGGGGUGUCCCAUUUCCGUUUCCCUCCCUCCACCCCGUCUGAGGUUCUGUCCCCCAGCAGCGAGGAACUGAGAAGCCCAGGCUCGUUCAGCACCAUGGCGCGCCGCCUGGCUCGUGGCUCCGUGUCCGACUGCAGCGACGGCACCUCCGCCAACUCCGAAAUCGACGAGGGGGGCCUCGGCGUCAGCACCGCGGACGAGCGGGCACCCGAAAGAAGCUUCCGGAGCGCUGUACCGCCACGCAUGACUCACGACGCACUGUUCAGGAUGUACGGCGGUCAUGGCGGUCACAGGGGUCACCGCCCCCACCCGGAGCCUCUCUCGCCGUUCGGCCCUCCAGGCUCGGGACUGUUGGCUCCACCUCCGCUCUCGCCUGCACUGCCAGUGACGGCGGGCACGCACCUGCCCUACACGCCCUCGCCCACACUGUCGCCCAUGCUGGGCUCCAUCUUCUCCUUCAGCGCAGAGGACAUGCAGCGCUACCUGCAGGCGCACACGCAGAGCGUCUACAACUACCACCUGAGUCCGCGCGCCUUCUUCCACUACCCCAACGUGGUGGUCCCGCAGCCGCAGCGGCCAGAUAAACCUCUCCCGGGAGCCGCCGAUCGCCCGUCCGUCCUCGCGCACUCGUACCCGGUGCCCCCGCCCGACGACACCCAUCACGCACCUUUCAAGUUCAAGCUGCAGCCGCCACCUCUGGGGAAGAGGCAGCAGCGCGAGGCGCAGGGCCACCAGGGUUCUCUGGGUUCCUCCUCGUCUGCGCUGGGAUCCUCGCUGUCCUUCAGCAGUGACCUGAGCUCGGGUCUUGUCUCCAACUCCUCAUCCACUGGCUCGCUCAACAGCGCAGGACUGCCUAAAAUUAAGGUGGAGCCGAUCUCCGACAUCGAAUCUGAGGAGGAGGUCGAAGUCACCGACAUCAGCGACGAAGAGGCCGACGAACGCGACGAAGAUUUCUUCGCACCCCAGCGCCACCAUCACAACAUCUUCAAGCGGCAGACCAACGGCACCUCGGCCUCUCUCCAGUACGACGACUCGGAGGAAGACGUGUUCAAAGCUCCGGCUCCGCCCCCGUUCUUCGGCCCGCCCUCCCGCAUGCCGACGGUGAAGACCGAGCCGGACACGCCCCCGGCGACCAGCGGGUACAACCACGCCCCCUUGCCCUCGCCAUCUCAGUGCAUCCCGUUAAAACUGCGCUUCAAGCGGCGCUGGGACCAGGAGCAGCACACGGAGGAGGCCGAGGACAAGAAGGUCAGGGGGGACAAAAAGAACGGCGAGCGCGUGGGAAGGGAGAGGGAGGAGAUCGAGAACUCCGCCCCUCAUCGGGUCGGCGCCGAACUGCACCACGCAGCUGCCCAGCUGUCUCUGGAGAACAAGGACUGCUGAUACACACACGUCACGUGCUUUUGUUUGUAACUUUACUUAAAUACAGCGAGCGCUGAUGCGCAGCGCUGUGGAACGACGGCCGCUGACGUCUGCUGAAUGACGCUGACAGAUGAACACACACCAGCACUCAUCAGGCGUGCUCACACUCCCAAAACUGACCAGGUUUAACCCACGCGUUCACCCGCUGUCCUCUGUUCUACUGUGUUUGUACAGCCCUGCAAUGUACACUUUGUUAGAAAGUGAGCCACGCCCACUGAUCCUCAGGAGGAUUUCAAUUGGCUAGGGAGGAUUUUCAUUCGUAAAAGAAAUUUUUAUUCUGUAAAGUGCCUGCUUGAACCCUAAGACUUAAAGACACAGACUUUGCUUUGCCAUGGGUGGGAUUGUAGGUCCUCCUCGUUCUCUCAGAGCGGCUGACGGAACAGCUCCAGAAGCUGUGCUCUGCUCAUGACCAGCCUGGCCACGUUGCUCAGGGACUUUUUAUCACACGCACACUCUCAAAAAACACACUCGUAAUCCCUACCUGUCUCUGUAUGAAGCCUGCGUCGGACUGCUUUUCUGAAAGCCCUUCAGUCAAAUAACCAUCAUUGUGUGAUGAACAUAGGAUUCGAAAUGCCGCUCGCUACUGCCAUUUGUUCUGUCAUUUUUUGGAAACCAAGCCUGUUUGUAACGUGUUUGAUCUUUUGAUCUUUGAGUGUUAUUAAGACCUCACUGUAAACCAGCUCAGCUCUGCUCUGCACCCUUCUUCUGUCUUUUCGGGACCAAGUCUCAAAGCGUUCAUUUUGCGUUCAAGUGUUCCAAUUAUGUUUUUCCGUUGGGUUUCAAAGGACUCAGAACUAGGAAUGAACCAAGCUUUUUGGCGGAAAAUUGACAAGCCAAAGUUCUGAUCAGUAGACCUUUCCAACAUUAGCUGUACCACAAUAAAAAAACGAUCUCAGGCACCCAGGGAGUGGGUUCGAAUCUCGGCUCUGCUACCGGUCGGCUGGGCGUCCUUUAGUAGGCACAAUUGGUUAAAGCCUGGAGCAGACAAAAUUGGACUUCAGUCUGCUGGGUGGGAAAGACUGGACGAAGAGGUGGGUUUAUCAAUACUGUGUAAGGACCUUGGUUGUCCAGGGCGCCUGUACAGAAAGUGGAGGAGAACGGAGAUUGCGAAGCCGACCUCACACGCAAAUCCACCCAAGUAUAGGUGAAUAUGAUUGUAUUGGUGGACUGCGCACAGUCAGGGGGGGUGUGUGUCAGGCAAAUAUACACCCUCCUUGGACAACGUAGGGGUCCCCAGCAGUGGAUUGGCUAUGCUAAGUUGUAGGAAAAAAGGGGGUAAAAUGCAUCAACACUCUCCACUACAACCAUGAUCUACAGUCCCAGCUUUAAAAAAUCAGCUCUGACCUCCUUGGCUUCAUUUAUAGCUGUGUAUUGUUUAUCAGUAAGCUCAGAGUAAAAAUGCAACUGCUGCCAAAUUCUUUACCUGUUAGCUUCCGGCACCACCCAGAAUUUGACAUGGCGCCAAUCCAUCGCAGAGCAACACACACAUUUUCAGAUACAGUUUGACCUGGGGGCAAUUAAGUGCAUUCGGUUCACGUUUCGCAUCUUUGGGUAAAAACAUGUAAACUUUUUAGAGAAAGUGACCAAAGGCAAAGAUCUUGCUGUGUUGGGGUGAGACGUGCACUCUACCAGCUGCGCCAUCCUGCCACUUCACUUCCAGCUAUAUUCGCCUGGUGAACAUCAGACCAGUGACUAUAGAAUAUUAUAUCAGUUAUAACAGUUGUUUUGAUGUUAUGAUUUAGGCUAUUUGCUUUGAAGAGUGCACUCUCGAAAUAUGUAUCAGGCUUCAAAGGGGGCAGAAUUCAGCACAACGUCUGUGUUCCUGCAUUGUGGUAAAUACAGGCUGUGUGGAACCGAGCUUGAAUUCUGCCGAGUCAGCUUGCUGCAGAGGUGUGAUCUCGGCAGCUUAGCGUUCCGGCUGUUGGGGAAUCACUGAGAACGAGCUUUUUAACUCACAGCAUCGACCAGCAAUGACUUAUUUGUCGUUAGCUUCGAUAUCAAUAUUGUUUUCGGAGUAGAAAAUAAGAUCCUAGCUGUAGAGCUCCCCAUUUGUGGCUGAAUCAGUAGGUCAGUCGGGCAGAAAGGGACCGUAGAGCUUUGUUUCGUAGCUAUGAGGCCGUGCCAGUGUAGGCAGUGUGGGCAGUGUUUUUUUUUUUUUACCUGUGUGGGAAUUCAAUGUUCUCUCAUGCCGUCCUACAGAGCCACCUAGGGAAUUGUGGGAAUUGUAGUUUGUGCACUUAAGGCACCUGAUUCAUCCCCCUACACACUAACUGAAAUUUGUUGUACCAGUACGAGGCCAGAUCUUAACACUGCCUUUAGCAUGUCUAUGGACUGUACCGUUUUCUAUCUAAACCUGUUGUGUAUAUUGUAUGAAUUGUACAUGUAAGCUGCAGUUGUGGCAUCACAGCAUUAAUGUGUAAAUCUCCAGAGUUGUUUUUUAUCAUAUUUUAUUUUAAUUUUCUUUUGAAAGUCCAGGAUGCGUUUUGUAGGCGUAUUUGUGUUUGAGAGGAGAGAGACGUUUUAUUUUUAUUUCGGUCUGUUUUUAUACUUCUAUAUUAUGUGUAUGACAGAUGCAGGGACAAGCGAAAGACAAAAUCACACUGAGCUUUUAAAGAGCUCUGAACCCUACCUGAUGCAAAUACCGCCAUGCUUUUCUCUGUUGGUGAUUCCUUUUUAGUGAAUGCAGUAGCAAGAAAAUGUUUGUGAACCCAUUUUUUUUUUUAUGCAUUACUAAUGAAACGUCUGAUCUCAAGUUCUCGCCCGGGCGCCUACGCAGACAUACGAUUGGCUGUGUGUCUAUUAGGGGAGGGACAGUUGCUGAAACAGGGUUUCAUGUUGCUGGGCUAAGUGCGACCUCUCCUAACUCGUCAAGGUCCCUGCACGAGGUGUGAUACUGAGCUCUGUAAGACCACACCUGGAAGGUGAAAAAAGCAAUCGUUGGCAGCCUCGCCCCUCCUCGACUAGGGGUGGAGGUGUUGGUGGUGGCAGCGACGAAAGAGAGAUGAGCUCCAUUUUAUCAUGACCGUAUUGGGUGAACUUGAAGAUUCAUGUUUUAUCCAUCACUGCAUUAUUUCCAGGCCUUAAGGCAGUGAAGCAGCACAAGGUAUUAAUGCUCCCACCACCAUACUUUAUAGUUCUAAUAGUGAACACAUUGGGUUUUUUAAUCACAUUUAGCAUUGCACAUUGUGCUUUUGAUGUCAUCUUUGCAGGUUGCAAGAUUUAAAAAGGAGAAACAUAAAUAAAUGAAGAUGAAUAUUGGAUGUGGGAAUAACACAAAAACCCAUAAUUCCCUGGGGUUCACAAACUUUGUCUUGCAACUGUAUACUUGUGCGUGUCUCUUGUCUGUAUCGUUUGGGUCUCAAACCUCCCAGGAUUCUGCAAUGUGGGCCUCAGGAAGGUCUGUGAACUUAAACCCAGCAUUGGACGAUAUUCUCUCAGGCGGCCAAUCAGGAGUCGGGGAGGACAAAGCGGGGACGCGCCAUCUGGAAUGAGCACAGAUCGCUUCGGCCACGUCGGUUGCUCUGUACAGUAUUUAACGCCGAAACUGACAAGCCUUGCUUUUGACGUCCGAUGUCUCUCAUUCACUUUAUGUAACUAGUUGCCUUAUUCUUCUGCCAAUCAGCUUGUCCCUUCUUUAAAGUCCCGCCUUGUUUUCCUGAUUUUGUUAAGUCUGGACAGGCUGCUGUGAUUGGCUAAGGAAGACGUCAUUUUUUCAUGAGCGAUGUUUUGUUGCUUCCACAUGGUACGAGGCCGUGUGGGAAAUGCUUUUACAGGUUAAUUCCUCCUCACCUUUGUGUUUUCAUGUCGGAGUUGCUGUUCAUUAUUAUUAUGGACGUUCUUUUAUCGUCUAAUUAUUUUUCUCAUGUUGUAGCUGAGUUUGUGAUGCAUUGGAGAGCAGAACCUCCCUCCUGUUAACCAAACCAUGUGUUAUAUAUGUAACAUAUGAACUUUUUAAAAGUUGUAUUAUAACUAAAAGCUGUAAUUAUAGUUCAGGCUGUUAUAACGGACAGGCGAUGUGUAUGGAGGUUGGGGGAGGAAUAUGAUGUUCAUAUUUUAACUUCAGUUAUGUUGAGUAAUUUGUUCUUUUGUAACGUUACUGUUCUUUUGAUCUUGUGUAUUUCUUUUUUCAUUUGUGGGGCUAACGGAAUUUAAAAAGGAACUUGCUUUGUUUAAUGGUUUUUAAACUCUUUGUCCCUCGUUUGCCCCUAUUUCCUGUUUAUUUCUGCGCUUUUACUUCUGAAAGGCUUGAGUUUAAUAACAAAAUGUAACAUUUAAUUCUUUCAUUUGUUGAUUUCUGAUGUUUUUAAAUGUAAUCAGGGUUUAUUAAACUGGUUAAUACCA